UAUGCCGGAGAAAACACCCUUAAAGCCCAUUAACCAUCAGAUGCACCUGAACGAGCAACCUUGGCUGUUUCAUGAGUUCAUUAAGUCACGUGAUUUUUUGCAAACGGGUGGGCAAGCAAUACAAUGCUAGAGGAGUGAAAGCUUUGUAGAGUGAGACAAAAGAAACAGGUUUUGCUGCCCAAAUGUAUAAACGACUUUAAGAAAAAAGUCCAAAGAUGAGUAGCCAUCCAGCGUACUUCAAAUAGAGACAUAGAGAUAGCCUAUAAGAGAAAGAAAAAGAAAUCAAGACCUAAUGUUUCAGAUCUAAAUGUGACCCUGGACCACAAAACCAGUCAUAAGGAUGGCUCAGUAUCACAGACUCUCAGACGGCAGUGCUGACAGCAGUAUAUCAGAUCCCAGCCUGAACAUUUCUCCUGGCGUGAUCAAGGUGCUAAAAGAACAUGGAUACACCAUGAAGGAAGAACUUGGACGAGGAGCUUCAGGAAUAGCAUUUCUGGUGAAAGACACAGAUGGAGAUCUUUAUGUGAUCAAACAGAUGAAUUCCAGAGAUGGAGAGGAGCUGGAUACUGUCAGAAAGGAAGUUGAGAUCCUGAAAACUCUGAACUUUGGAUAUAUUGUCACUUAUGUGAAUUCAUUUGAAGAUAAAGAAGCAGGACGCAUUUAUAUUGUGAUGGAGUAUUGUGAAGGAGGUGACCUUUCACAAAUCAUGGAAACGCAGAAAGAAGAACGUUUUUUUGAAGAAAAACAGAUCCUCGACUGGCUGGUUCAGAUUUGUCUGGCUCUGAAGUAUCUCCAUGAGAAGAAAAUUAUUCAUAGAGAUAUUAAACCUCAGAACGUCUUUCUGACUGAAGAUGGUUACAUCAAUCUAGGAGAUUUUGGAUGCUCAACAGCAUUGGAAAGAGCUGAUGAUUAUGCUAAUUCAGUUGUGGGUGCAAGGCUCUACGUCAGCCCAGAAGUUUAUCAGAGGAAAUAUAACUCCAAGAGUGAUAUAUGGUCAUUGGGAUGGUUGCUCCAUGAUCUCUGCAUGCUUAAUGUGUGGGCCGAUAACAUGCAGCGCCACAUACUUCAUGCUGUCAGUAUGACAGGAAACCCCCCUCCCAUCUCAGAGAGAUACUCAGAGGAACUUCGGGAAUUAAUCAGUCAAAUGCUCAGUUGUGACCGUAAAGACAGACCUUCAGCUGAAGAGAUUCUAGCUAAACCGUUCCUGACAGAUGCAGUAGACAGAAACAGCAGAACUCCAGAGGCACUAAUACAGAGUUUUGUUAAGUCUAUCACUGCCUUUGAUGAGGCCUACAACAAGCACUAUAAAGACAUUGAGGUUUUAGUUAGUGAGUGGGGAAGAAUAACAGAUUCGAUGGAGUCUGCACAUUACAGCGCCACAGCGGGGAGUCUGUCAGGUUCGGUGAUCGGAGCAGCUGGAGGAAUCACUGCAUUAGUUGGUUUAAUUUUGGCACCGUUCACUCUUGGGGCGUCUCUGAUUGUUACUGGUGUUGGUGUUGGAGUAGGAGUUGCAGGUGGAGUAACAGGUGCUGCAUCCACCAUUACUAACACUGUACAGCAAAAAUCAUUCAGAGAGAGUCUUGAACAAAUUCAGCAGAAGUAUAAAUCUGUAAGCGAACCAAUUCUCACACCACUGAAUACACUAAGAAGGGUACUGAGAAAAAUCACAAAGUUCAGUGUUUUUUUCGGCAGCUCAGCUUUUGACAAUGUGCAAAUAUCAUGCAAUUUAGACAGAAGGAAUGUUUUGUGUGCCACACAACUCAUGAAUUUGGGUCUGUUGGCAAAUGUUAGCAGAAUUGCUACUCAGACUGCAAGAGUAGGGCGAGUUGUAGCAGAAGCAGUCUCAGGAGUGUUAAGUGGACUGUUAGUCAUACUUGAUGUUGCCUUCAUAGUGAUGGAUUCUGUAGACAUUCACCAGAUGAGACAGGGAAAAGUAGAUGAUCCAGAAAAGGUCAAAUCCAGUGUACUUAAAUCCAUUGCAGAGAUGAGGAGAACACACAAUGAGCUUUGCAAUGUCCAGAAGGAAAUACAAAAAACAAGAGAGGAACUAAAAGACUAUAUAGAAUUGGCCAGGGGUAACAGUGGAAUAGACAAUGAUUUAAAUAGUUUAAACAUAUAUACAUAAUUCCAGUCAAAGAAUCAGGCAAAUUUAUAUAUGAGAAUGAGUAAAGAGAAAAAAUUAAGUUUUUGUAGAAAUCAAACUAAAUAUUUAAUAUGUUGAUCUGGAACAACCAGAAUUCAUGUGUAUAUAGUGAUUUUUACAAUGAUUGUUUCAGUAAAAUUAUGCAACAAACUUUGUUUCAGCUGAACAGCUCUAGAAGAAAAUAGUGUCAUUGUUCAGCUUAAGUCAGUUGAUUCAACUCUGUUGUAAAAAUCAUCUGUUAUUAAUUUAGUUUAUUUCAUCUAUACAGCAGCUCUGAAGAAAGGUGAUGUCAUUGUCCAGCACAUUUCAAUUCUCAUACAAUAGUGUCAAUGCAGGCGGAUCAGUUAUAUUGUUGAAUAUUAAGUGUCCCAGACUAAGCAAACUGGAUUAGACAGUGGCAAUGAGCUCAAACUCCAACAGGUGACAAAAUAGACACACACACACACACACACAACUAUAAAAAAACUAUACAUCACUGACAUAUAUACACUGUAUACAUCCAUUAUACACAAGUGUUUUCUAUUAAAUAUGAGGUGUAGGUUUGAUUAUGAAAUAAUCAGUCUUGUUAGCAAUAAAUGAAGCUGUAAUGCUGUUUGUGGAGUUGUUUAAUCCUCCCCUGAUGAGAUCUAAUGCUGUGGCUGAAGAAAGUUAAAGUUUAUGUUUAUCUUUUGUCUGUUCUUGUUUCUCUUCAGUGAUUCAUGUUAACAGCAGGUGUUCAUCAAUAAUGCUCAAUCAUCACUUAAUUACUCACUUAAUUUCUGUAUCUCAUUAACUGCAAGUCUGCUUCAGGUGGUGGUAUUUAACAAUCUGUAGUGAGGACACAAACACGGACCAGUCAUUUUAAUUCUGAGGGUUUUGCUGGGUGGCUCUUUAAUGGUCUUGGAGGGUCUGUUCUUGACCACACCUCUGGUCUUGAUUGGUCAUGGUCUUGGAUGUCCGCAUCUGCAGAUUCAGCGUUGCUUGUUGGUUGAGUCUCUUAAGGUGGUUUGCAAAGUUUAAAUCAAAUCAAAAAUAUUAUACAAGCCGUAAGUAGUUUGUAGUGACCUUCAAGUCCGACACACUAAAUCCUGUCAUUUUAUGGAAUAAAGCUUCAAUAAAUCGUGGAGCUGAAAUUUGUAUGAUUAUUAAAACACUGCGUCACAUGGGUUUGGAAUGCUGUAAGAGUCAAAAGUUUGACCAUGUUCUAGUGUAAGUCUGGGGAUAAUAAUAGAUCAUUUUCAUAGAUGAGUAAAAUUACUGAAGGGAAGUAUGAAAACAUUCACAACAUACAAACAUUUACUCUCGUCUGAUGUCUGAAAUAUGCUGUAACAAAUUAUAAUGUUUUGUUGUGUUUUCCUCACACAAUUAGGAAUUACAUUGUUUGAUGAAUAAUGUAAAUGAUAGUAAAAUCUGAGAACUACAAUCUGAAAUAGUUUGAUCCCUGGAUUAAUAUCCAGGGAUCCAAUCGUAAACAGUUGGCAAAUAUUGCUGUAUUGGGACAUUUGCCAUUAUACAUUUAUAACCAUAAUAUCUUAGUCUAAACCUAAAGUAUUUUAAAAAGAAAUGACAGAGCAAUAGAUAGUGAUAGAUUCUUCAUUUGUGAUGUGGUGCCAGACUAUAACACGCUCUAAUUCUUUCCAUAUGUUUUUUCAUCUGUUUUAGGGAUUGAAUUAAAAUCAAAUAUUAACAUUACUGCCAAAACUACUUAUGAACUACUAGUCCAUAAAUAUUUUGAAAAUUAUGGAAAUAUAUGGUCCUGGGGCCGUAUUCACAAAACAUCUUAAAGGGAUAGUUCACCCAAAAA